AUGCUGUCCCUGGCCUCCCUGAGGGGAGUCCACUCAGGGGCCAUGUCUUCGCACAAAGGGCUGAACGGAGCAUGCUCGGUGCACGAGUACCCGGGGACCUUUGCCGGCCAGCCUGUCCACUUCAAGAUGACGUCUGUGUGUGGUCACGUGAUGACCCUGGAUUUCGUGGGGAAGUACAACAAGUGGGACAAGGUGGACCCCGCAGAGCUGUUCAGCCAGGCGCCCACCGAGAAGAAGGAAGCCAACCCCAAGCUGAACAUGGUGAAAUUCCUGCAGGUGGAAGCCCGGGGCUGUGACUACAUCGUGCUGUGGCUGGACUGUGAUAAAGAGGGAGAGAACAUCUGCUUUGAGGUCCUCGACGCCGUGCUGCCCGUCAUGAACAACGUCCACGGCGGCGAGAAGACGGUGUUCCGGGCCAAGUUCAGCUCCAUCACGGACACGGACAUCUGCGGUGCCAUGGCCCGCCUGGGCGAGCCCGACCACAACGAGGCCCUGUCGGUGGACGCCCGCCAGGAGCUGGACCUGCGCGUCGGCUGUGCUUUUACCAGGUUCCAGACAAAGUAUUUCCAGGGGAAAUACGGCGACUUAGACAGCUCGCUCAUUUCCUUCGGGCCGUGCCAAACGCCCACCCUGGGCUUCUGUGUGGAGAGGCACGAUAAAAUCCAGUCCUUCAAGCCAGAGACCUACUGGGUGCUGCAGGCCAAGGUGAAUGCUGAUAAAGACAGAACUCUCCUUCUGGACUGGGACCGAGUGCGAGUGUUCGACCGGGAGAUUGCACAGAUGUUUUUAAACAUCACGAAGUUGGAGAAGGAAGCCCAGGUGGAGUCCUGCAGCCGGAAAGAGAAGACCAAACAGAGGCCCCUGGCCCUGAACACCGUGGAGAUGCUGCGGGUGGCCAGCUCUUCUCUGGGCAUGGGCCCCCAGCACGCCAUGCAGACCGCAGAGCGCCUCUACACGCAGGGUUACAUCAGCUACCCGCGCACCGAGACCACCCACUACCCCGAGAACUUUGACCUCAAGGGCCCUUUGCGGCUGCAGGCCAAUCACCCGCACUGGGCUGACACGGUGAAGCAGUUGUUGGCAGAAGGGAUCAACCGGCCACGGAAAGGCCACGAUGCUGGUGACCACCCUCCCAUCACCCCCAUGAAGGCAGCCACGGAGGCCGAAUUAGGGGGUGACGCGUGGCGUCUGUACGAGUACAUCACGCGGCACUUCAUCGCCACGGUGAGCCACGACUGCAAGUACCUGCAGACCACCAUCGCCUUCCGCGUCGGCCCCGAGCACUUCACCUGCUCUGGGAAGACUGUCCUCUCGCCAGGCUUCACAGAGAUCAUGCCCUGGCACAGCGUGCCCCUGGAGGAGAACCUGCCCACCUGCCAGCGGGGUGACACCUUCGCCAUCAGCGAGGUGAAGACGGUGGAGAAGCACACGAACCCACCCGACUACCUGACAGAGGCAGAGCUCAUCACGCUCAUGGAGAAGCAUGGCAUCGGGACAGACGCCAGCAUCCCUGUGCAUAUCAACAACAUCUGCCAGCGGAACUACGUCACUGUGGAGAGCGGGCGCCGGCUCAAGCCCACCAACCUUGGCAUCGUCCUGGUGCACGGCUACUACAAGAUCGACGCAGAGCUCGUGCUGCCCACCGUCCGCAGCGCCGUGGAGAAGCAGCUGAACUUGAUCGCUCAGGGCGAGGCCGACUACCGCCAGGUGCUGGCCCACACCCUGGACAUCUUCAAGAGGAAGUUCCACUACUUCGUGGACUCCAUCGCUGGUAUGCCCGCUCCUCCCCGUGCCUGUUCCCCCACCCCCAGCAGCACGUGUCGCCCACAGGCCAAGCCCAGCCGCCUGCACUGCUCGCACUGUGACGAGACCUACACCCUCCCCCAGAACGGUACCAUCAAGCUCUACAAGGAGCUGAGGUGCCCGCUGGACGACUUCGAGCUGGUCCUGUGGUCAUCGGGCGCUCGGGGCAAGAGCUACCCCCUCUGCCCUUACUGUUACGACCACCCGCCCUUCCGAGAUAUGAAGAAAGGCAUGGGCUGUAACGAGUGCACGCACCCCACCUGCCAGCAUUCGCUGAGCAUGCUGGGAGUCGGGCAGUGUGUGGAGUGCGACAGCGGCGUGCUGGUGCUGGACCCCACCUCGGGUCCCAAGUGGAAGGUGGCCUGCAACCGGUGCAACGUGGUGGCGCACUGCUUCGAGAACGCGCACCGUGUGCGCGUGGCCGCCGACACCUGCGGCGCCUGCGAGGCCGCGCUGCUCGACGUGGACUUCAACAAGGCCCGGUCCCCGCUGCCCGGCGGCGAGACGCAGCACACGGGCUGCGUGUUCUGCGACCCUGUCUUCCAGGAGCUCGUGGAGCUGAAGCACGGCGCCGCCUGCCACCCGAUGCACCGCGGGGGCCCGGGCCGCAGGCAGGGCCGAGGGCGGGGCCGCGGCCGGCGCCCCCUGGGGAAGCCCGGCGCCCGGCGGCCCAAGGACAAGAUGUCGGCUCUGGCUGCCUACUUCGUGUGA